AUGGAGGUGCCACCGUCUGUGGAGAUCACCGACGGGCAGCGCCUUGAGACUGAGCAGCUGCAGGACGAGAGCAGUAUGGAUGGAGUACAGCAGACAGGGGAGCAGCAGAUUGGGGAGCAGCAGACAGGGAAGCAGCAGAGUGGGGAGCAGCAAAUAGGGGAGGAGCGGAUUGAGGAGCAGCAGAUGGUGGACCAGCAGCUCGGGGAGCAGCAGACAGGGGAGCCGCAGACAGGGGAGCAAGAGAUGUGGGGAAUUAGAGAUGGUGGUCGUGUGUUGGUUUCUGGGACGACCACUGCACCAGUGCGUCGCUCCACUCGCAUCACUCGUGGUGUCCCACCUCUGUCAGGCGAGCAGAUCCGUGGAUUGUGCCGAGCAGUUCAGUGCCUGGCCAAGGUGGCUCACAGCGAUUACAUCACCUUCCUUGCAGCUCCUGUGGAGGUACGACGUGAACGACUCCUGUGGAUCCUGUGGAGGUACGACGUGAACGACUCCUGUGGAGGCAUCAACACGGCCAAGACGGCCUACCUGGUGGUCAACUUCGCCACGGACUACUUUCAAACCUUCCACCUCUCCCAUCCCACCUGCUCCUGCUCCGCGCUCGUCAAGUCAGUACUGGCGGUGUUCCGCACGGCGCCUGCAGCUAUGCGGACCCUCACCAUCACAGCGGACGGCAAGGAGCCCGACAACAUUCGCUGGAUCAUCGACUGCCAAAACGGCAUGCGCAAGACAUACACCAUGGCAUGUGUGAAUGAGAGAGAGGGAGGUGCUGUCAGCGUCCAUCCAACUUCCAGCAUGCGCAAGACAUACACCAUCGCAUGUGUGAACGAUAGGGAGGUGCUAUCAGCGUCCAUCGACCCGUCCACGUACCCCUCCUCGCCUCGCUCGGGAACAGGCACGGGCGGAGGUGCGGCGGGGAGAGGAGGGGGGAGUGAGGCGAAGGCGGUUGAGAUGAGGAGCUACGUGGAGCCGACUCUUGCUGGCUCUUCACAUUCAGUGUACGGGUGCCUUACUCCCCGUGACACACCGACUGGCCUUGCUAUUCAGUCAGCGGACGGGAGGCUGGAGGCGUUCCAGAAGCAGCGAAGCACCCGCAGCUGCUCGUCAGCAGACGGACGGCUGGAGGCGUCCCCGGAAGCAGCGAUGCACACGCAGCUGUGGGUGGACCCUGGGGAGCACUUUGAGGCGUACUGCCACAGGGGGGACGCUGUGGACGUCACUUUCAGCGUGAAGGAGGUGAAGGCGUUUGUGCAGUUCUGUGAGUCAGCAGCAGCAGACGUGGUGAUGCUCUUCCAUCGAGCCGGAGCUUCACCUCUAUCCUCCCCCACUCGCCCCUCCCUCCCCGCUGCCAUCACUGGAUACUGUUCGGGAGCAGAUCCUCACCAAGCCUAUCCAAUUGGUUCGGGCUGCAGAGAAGAUCCAGGAGGAGGAGGGCUGGGUGAAGGCGAAGAAGAGGGAGCGGAUGAGAUGAGGGGCGAGGAAGGUGCUGAGAAGGUUCCGUUGAAGGAUCCAGGUGCAGGAGCAAGGCUGGAAGCAGGCUGGGCGCAUGGAAAGCGAUGGGGCGAAAGGCACAGCACACAGGCCUGGUGCGGAUUCAGCAGGUCUGGUGGAGGAGAGGGGAGUGGCAGAGGGCGAAGAGGAAGCAGCACGUGGCCCAGGGAGCAGCAACAACCACUUCCAGGCCAUGCGCAGCAGGAUCAACGGCAGCAACAGCACGAUCAGUACCAACAAAAGCUGGCAGCCAAUCAGGUUCCAGACAGCGAGGACGCCACCGAGGGAGCUUCCCAUUGGUCGGCUGGCAGCGGCAUCACGAGGCGGUAA